GGAAAGCACUGCCUGACAUCAUCGCUUCAGAAUAAGAGCCAGGAACGUCUGCCCUCGCAGGGCAGGCUCAACGAUCAGCCUGCUGCCAGCCAACCACGGCCACAGCCCGCGCAGAUCCACAGCCCUUGGACCGGGCCAGCCACCGCCUUCCUCCCAGUCCGUAGGAACGCAUGGAGGUGCCAGAGCUGUGACAGCCACCCCGGGACAGCCUCAGCCACUUGUGACGGGACUCAGCCACUGCUUGGCUCUUGGCUCCGUGCCCCAGAGUAAGAAGCCCUGUUCUUAACUCUGGCUCCUCUCCACGUACUUCUGGCAGAGCAAAGAUGUGUAGUGAAGAGAUUCUUAUGUGCGCUGUACAACUCGGAGACAAUUUCUGCCUUUACUUUGCAGAUGAUGAUGGGCUGGAAUGCGAUGCUUUUUGUAAAGAGAAAAUUCUCAACGGAUUCCUUCGCAAUGUAAACAGCCAGUUGCUUGUGGUUCGCCCAGAUUUAAACGUGGCAGCGUUUGAAGAUGUGACAGAUCAGGAGAUGAAAGCUGGCCAUGGAAUGCACUUCAAUAUUCACUAUUACAAAACCACCACAAUUUACGCAGGAAUGCCCGUCGCAUUCAGCAUCCAGGUAGAAGAUAAAAAUUAUUACAUGUGCUGUGAGAAAGAAUGUGGAAAAAUGAUAGUUCGAUUCAGGGAAGGAGAAGUUCCCAAAGACAUUCCUGGAAAAAGUAAUGUAAUCUUCUUCCAAAAACCAUUUACCUCCUGUUGCUCCAGAGCGUUUAAGUUUGAAUACUCCCUAGAAAAAGGAAUGUUUUUGGCCUUUGAGGAAGAAGGCUGCUUAAGAAAACUAAUCCUAAAGAAACUGCCAAGAGAAGAUGAAGUGGAUGAAACCACAAAGAUAACUUUCUAAUUUGAGUCAGAAUGAGUCACAACCUGUGACACAUUUGACCAGUCUUAAAAUGUAUUUUGGCAUCUUUGUACAUGAAACCUUAUUCUUUCUUCACCCGAGGCAAGCCAGCUGUAUGUUUUAGCUACCGCAUGUCAGUGCAGAAGUGAGCAUCUUACAAAAAGAAAUCAAAAUUCUUGGCAAAAAGAAACAGGUGGUUUUCCAGUCCGACAGAAGAAAAGAGAAUUAAAUAGGAAAGAAACAAGACAUUGCAUGUUCUGCAUAAGUUUGACCACUAAAACCUUUCCUGCCUGUUUAUCCAACAGCAUUUCCUUCAGAUUGUCUCAGAGAUGUAGACCUAUUUCGGGGCGUGAGAGAAAAGUGCUUAAAAUAAUGGAUAUCAUGAACAGAGCACGUACCUGGUCAAUAAGCAGUUUUGAGCUGACUUCUUUGCAUCAAGAUUGUUUCCUGAGCACCUUCGUCAGUCUUGGUUACACAGUGAUGCUCUCACCAUCAGCUGAAGUAGAAACAACAGACAAUUUUUAACUUACUGGAGAUCUUUGCCUAGAAAACUGCCAGCUUUCCUAAACAAUAAAGACCUAAUAAAGCUAUUUGUCCUCAGGGGGCCAAGGAAAAAAAUAAAUUAAAAAAAUGAUGCUUUUAUGUAAAGGCUUUUAAAAUUAUCAAUAAAUUGUAGACUACCGAUGAAAUGACA